CCUACGCACUUAAUAAUGACCACUUUUCCAAAAAUUUGCAUAUCUGCUCUGCAGUUGGUUGUUGGUUUCAUCAUGCCACCGAAGACAUCUGGUAAAGCUGCUAAAAAGGCCGGUAAGGCCCAGAAGAAUAUAUCGAAAACUGACAAAAAGAAGAAACGCAAGAGGAAAGAAAGUUACGCCAUCUACAUCUACAAGGUGUUGAAACAGGUUCACCCAGACACCGGUAUCAGCUCCAAGGCAAUGAGCAUCAUGAAUAGUUUCGUGAAUGAUAUUUUCGAGCGAAUUGCUGCUGAGGCUUCCAGGUUGGCUCAUUAUAAUAAGAGAUCUACGAUCACAAGUCGUGAGAUACAGACUGCUGUUCGACUGUUGCUACCAGGUGAACUGGCUAAGCAUGCGGUGAGUGAGGGGACGAAGGCAGUCACUAAGUAUACCAGUUCCAAAUAGACUAGCUUGCAGUGAAAAAAACGGCCCUUUUCAGG